AUGUGGGUGGCUCUGCCCCUCUGUCUGCUGUCCACUCUCCUGGCCACAGGGAGCACUCUGCAAUGCGAGGUGUGUGCGUCCAGAGAGCAAUCGUGCUCCGGCCCCCUGCAGCCCUGCGCCCCCUGGGAAGGGACCUGCGUCACCGUCGUGGCAGAGAUCAGGCUGGAGGGAUCCUCCAUGUCCUACACGGGUAAAUCGUGCCUGGAGCCCAAGAACUGUGAGCCUGGCCCCUUCUCGCUGACCUACCCGCACAAUGUCACCGUGCGGGCGAACAUCGCCUGCUGUGACACCGACGGCUGCAACACCGGGGCCAUCCCAGUGCCAACUGUGAGCUCCGUCCCCAACGGCCGGCAGUGCCCGUCGAUCCUCAGAGUGGGGCCAUAUCACUGGAACGGGAAGGGGGUCUUGGCCUGCACCGGCACCGAGGACUAUUGUGUUGUGGAAUCUGGGAUAUUUAUAUUUG